AUGUUGGCAAGCAUCGUGCCGCUCCUGAUCCGGAUGGCCUUUGCUCACGUUGUCUUGAUUUGGGGCACCAACAAUACGAAGACGGCCGGGCUGUCCGAACUGGACAUCCAGCAUCGGGAGAUCGGAAGCAGGCUCGUGUUAGCAGCAAGGGUCUUUUACGCUGCCUUCAUAUGGAUGGGAAAAUACACGGUCUGCGAGUUCUUGAGACGACUAACAGGCACGGUCUGGACCAAAUUCUUCCGACUCACUCUCCGAUUCAUUCGAUACUUCCUGGCGUCGACGUUCCUGGCAGUCGUUAUUGCCACGCUAGCCGAAUGUCAACCCUUCGAUCACUACUGGCAGGUAGUCCCGGAUCCGGGCCCCAAGUGUCGGCUGGGCUAUGCCAAUCUGCUGACGAUGGGUGUCUGCGACGUGAUAACCGACCUCUUGCUGGUCGUCUUUCCGAUCCCCCUCGCAUUGAUGUCCACCUUACCAGUAAAACGCAAGCUCUCUCUCGUGUCGCUCUUCGCUCUGUCUAUGAUUCUGGUUGCGAUUACCUGCUACCGUGUACCGAUGGUAAUCCAGCGAAAUGGGCUUCAAAGUUACCGGUCUCUGUUAGCCUCACUGGAGAUUUUGGCGGCCACGGCCGUCUCCAAUGCUGUCGUCAUUGGCUCCUUCGUCCGGGACAAGGGGGUCAAGAAGCCCAAGUUCAAGAGGGCAUAUGGUUCAUCGGGGAGCGAGAGUCUCGAUCACAGCUCUGCGCGACGUGCAACGAUCACUACUCGUCGAUGGGGCAGCGACGCCGACCUGGUCGAGAGCUUAGGCAUCGGACUUGGACCAGAGCUACAGACGACGGAUACAAAGGUGGUCCGCCCGGCCCCCGUAGCUCUUUCCAGUCACGAUUUCUCUGCGCGAACCGGAACCGUCGACCCUGGUUGGACGUUUCCUAGCCGUCUAUCAACGGGCACCGACGACCUAGCCUCGGCCUCUGACAGCAUGGGAGCAAGGGUUGACCCUCAUGAAUAUAUCCCGCUGAAUGAUUGGGAUCGCUGGGAGUCAACGUCCGGUAACCCUCGGGCCUCUCACCGCAAUGUGUCGUUUUCUGAUGUGGGCGGCCUCCUUGAUCCUCCGUCACCAACGACACCGGCCAUUGGCACUGCCACCACCCAGCCAGGUAGUCGUUACCGUCCAACUUUUUCCCCUGAACCCCCACUUAGCCCGGAGAUGCCACGAUACCCACCAUAUCGUCGUGGUAGUAUGGCUCUCUUACAAGAUGUCGGUGGCCUUCUCUUCCCACCGCGUGAUUCUUCUGGCGUCACUCCAUCCCACGAUGGAGGGGAGAGGCGAGAGAGUACGUCACAAGCCGGGCCCUCGACCUCUCCAUAUCGCCAUGGACGUGACGUUCAAGCACAUGUUAUGGAAGACCAUCACGUCGAACUGCAGGAUGCAGGUGGUCUGUUAUCUCAAGAACCUCGCAGGGAUCUGGGAAGGUGA